AUGGCUUUUCCCCAACCGAAUGCCCAAAGAGACUUAGCAAGUAGAAAAGUACUCGAAGAACUUCAAUUAAAGAAACAAAUCCUGUUAAAACAAGGUGUAGCUUCAACCUUAACCUCACAGUUACCACUUUUAGGGUCUCCGAAUGUUGGUCCAGCAACUCCACAAACCGAUCAACAACACUCGAUGAAUUCUGCACAGCGAGGUGCUUUACAAACGGCAAACGCGCAAUCGACUGGUUAUUUUAUUUCGCAGGAUUCAUCGUUUGGUAAUUUAAUACUUCCUGUGUUGCCACGAUUUGAAAAUAAUUCAAAAUAA